AUGGUUGACUCAGAGAAGGGCCAGUUCUCGUUAACUUUGACAACGGCCCAAGGAGCGCAUACCCUGGAGCCGGUGGCAGAAAAUAUCAAUUUACAGGCCGACAGCGUGAUAUUCGAUCGGACUCUUGAAGAUGAUCAAAACGACCUCAAUCCAGAGCGCGGGGAUGAGUGGGCCGCUCUAGAGAAGCGGGUACGAUGGAAAGUCGAUCUUCGUCUCUGUAGCAUCGGCGGGCUCUUAUGUAGCCUUAAUUUGCUAGACUCGGGCGUUUUGUCCUCGGCCUCGGUAACGACUAUGCUCGAUGAUCUUGAUUUGAACCAGGGGAACCGGUACUCCGUCUCCAUCUUUAUUUUCACAAUCGCCAGUGUGGUCUUCCAACUGCCAUGCACAGUAGCAGUUCGCCUUGUUGGUCCACGUAUCUGGUUUUCGUCAAUCACAUUUGCAUUUGGACUGUUGACGCUGUGCACUGCUUUCGUUCAGAACUGGCAGCAGAUGAUUAUCCUACGAGUGCUGCUCGGUAUUUCUAUGUCCGGUAUCUACCCUGGCUUGACCUACCUGGUUAGUGCCUGGUACCCGCGACGAGAGCAGCAGCUCCGAUUUGCAUUCUUGCAGUCCGGGGAAGUUGUGAUUCUGGCGACUGGCAAUAUCGUCAAUUUCGGUCUCAAUCACUUGAAUGGCGUGGCCGGGUUGGCAGGUUGGCGCUGGAUGUAUAUUGUUCAGGGUCUCAUUACUUGUAUCCUGGGUAUCAUUACCUACUGGUGGAUGGUCGACUUCCCCGAGCACGCCCAGCGCAGCUUCUAUUUCCUUUCAGACCAGGAAGCACGCCUUGCAACGCGCCGAAUUCAGGAUGAUCGAGCCGAUGUUGUCGCGGAACCGUUUUCCUGGGGCACGCUUCUUGCUAACUUCAAGGACCCCAAGAUCUACGGCUUUGCGGUCAUGUUCUUCUUGCUCAAUCUCAUCUCGACGGCCCUGUCGUAUUUCCUACCCAUCAUCUUACAAUCCGGUAUGGGUUUCAGCUCAAAUAAAUCCAUUCUGCUCUCUACACCACCGUACUAUUACGCCGUAAUCCCGGUUAUUCUAACAUCAUUUAUCGGAGAUUUCUACCGCGUUCGUGGGCCGCUGAUCAUCUUCAAUGCCCUUGUUCUCAUAGCUGGAUUCCUGAUGUUUGGUCUUCCCGUAUCCAACCUGGUGACAGUGCGUUACAUCGGGACCUUCUUGGCGACUGGUGCUUAUAUCUCGAACUGGGCUGCCCUCAAUGCUUUCCAGGCCAACAAUAUCGUGGGCCAGUGGAAACGAGUGGCUACGGCGGCGGCGGUCACUGCAUGUAAUGGACUUGGAGGUGUCGCAGGCAGCUAUAUUGUCCGCCAGCAAGAAGCUCCGCAAUACCUGACUGCAGUUUGGGUGUCAAUUGGUUCGCACAUUCUUCUCAUUGCAAUCGUGGGUGCGUUCACCGUUUGCUUCUACAUUGCCAAUAGGCAGCAAGGGCGGGGAUUAAAGGUCCUUGAGGGUGUAUCUAGCUUCAGAUAUACUUAUUGA